GGCAGAACGCGACAUCGGUGUGUUAUCAUGUGAGUCAAGGAAAUAAUGUUUUCUUGAAUUUUCGUCGCGUGUGUUAUUAAAAUUUGUGUAUCAGUGCAUUGUGACAAAGUGAACCAUGGCGGACCUUAAAUCACCGCCUUUUAGUGACAUUAAAAGACCUGAAGAAGUAGUUAGAAUGACUACUAACGACAGUCUGAAAUUCGCAGUUCUUAUCGGACUGAUUGAAGUCGGACAGGUAACCAACCGGGAGGUGGUGAACACCGUUUUACAUCUGGUGGCAGAGACUGGCCCUUCACAAGCUCCUAUUGCCUUCCAGCGGUGUCCUAACCCCCCAAGAGAAGGAACUGUCGUCAGGAUAAGCAGGCGCCUUAGGAAAAUUUUGCAAAACCGGUAGACUAAGCAGAUAGCUACUCUGUAAUUGCUCUUAAGACUUCAGUAAAUAACGAAGAAUCAAGAAAUGAAGACCUUAGCUUGCCAUAUAAUACGUUCACAAUGUACACACA